UCAGCCAAACAAGAUAACAUGAACACAUUCUCACUCCUAACCACCAAGAACGUCCUACCACUCCCCCCAACACUCCCACUCCUCCAAUCAUCAACCACAAAGCAAUGGUGUAGAUGCUAACCAUCAGCGAGCUCAAUCACCAUAACCGCCGGCCAGAGCCGAGUGGGGACGAGUCAACAACACCAAGAGUCCUAGCCAUCCUGUCCCACGUGCUGGAGAAGCUGGUGGCCCGUAACGAUCAACUGGUGGUUGGCUUGACGGGCCACCACCCGGAUGGACUGAGCUCGGGCAAAGCUCAGCUAGGGAAGAGCUUGAAAGCCUUUCAUGGCGUUCGAGCACCCAGUAUUAGCAUUCCAAAGUACUUGGAGAGAAUAUACAAGUACACGAGCUGUAGCCCGUCGUGUUUGGUGGUGGGGUACGUGUAUAUAGACAGGUUGGUGCAUAGACAUCCUGACUCGCUUGUGGUGUCGCUCAAUGUUCAUAGGUUGCUCGUCACUAGCGUCAUGGUUGCCUGUAAGAUGCUGGAUGAUGUGCACUACAACAAUGCCUGCUAUGCCCGUGUUGGGGGAGUGACCAAUGCUGAACUGAACAGGCUAGAACUGGAGUUGCUCUUCAGGUUAGAUUUUGAAGUUACUGUCAGCUCUCGAGUUUUCGAAACCUACUGUCUACUCUUGGAGAAAGAAAUGACGUGCAACGACGCAGACCAAAAGGUUGAGAGGUCAAUUCUAGCGAAUUCUGUCGACGAGGUGACUGAAAUAUCAGUCGAAGACAUGCAAAGUUCUUCGCCGCCUCAAGCAAUGGACUGACCGGAGUUUUUCUCCAUCUAAUUCUUGUACCAGGUAGAGAUGUUAUUGUGGUGAAGUUGAUCCCAUUGAGCCAGAGGCUGUUCUUUUUUCUCUGUUUCAUGUCACCAUGUAGCAGAAUGUAGUCAAGCACUAGUACUGUCUUUCACAAAAUUGAGAAAAUAGAAAAGGAAAUUAAAAGAAAAUGAGUGGUAAGUGGAAGUUGAUAUACUUCUCUCGAGCCUAACAUGAUAUAAACUCGAUAGAUGAUCUUUUCUGUGUGUAGUGAAAUCAUACCUGAGGAUAAAGGAUUCAAUUUUUGUUUCAAC